AGCCGGGGGAGGGAAAGGGGGCUGGCAGGGCGCCCCUUCUUAACCUGCCCCGACGGCUCCCCGACGGCCGGUGCGCCCUGGUGCCAGAGGUCCGCUCGCCAGCUGCGCAAAAGGACACCAGGGUUCCCGGUGGUCUUAGGUGAUGGUUUCACUGCUCCAGGAUCAGACCAAUAUUAAAUUUCCUUCUUCAGACACUCUGGAGAACGACCGACACAGCGGUCUCAUGCAGACACAUGAGGAUUCCAGCUCCCCAGUCCAGCAAGAAAGCCCCAGCUUCUGUUGCCAGCCGUACGAUGGAGAAAACCGGACGGAGAGGACAAAUUCAGACUCUUCCCAGAGCCCCAGCCCUUCUUCCUCGCCUUCUGAUCCUAUCUAUAGGAGAGGCAUUCGCACUGAGAAGGAUUUAUUCAAAGUCCCUUCGGCGGCUGAGAAAUUCAGGCGGUACAGCUACGAGGAAACCACCCGGGACAGGUUCCUCAAAAACAGCGUCCGGAAUCCCUUCCAUCCGUACAAAAGGCAGUUCGCAGAAGAAGUCUUUCCGGAGACCCUCCAGACCCCGCCUAUGGACAUGCACCCCUUCAAACUCGCAAUCAUGGAUGGUUUUGAGGAGAUCGCUGGGCCCACUGUCACGGGAGAGGCCGAGGUGUACAUCACGCACGUUCCCAACCUCUCCUCAGAGUCCUCUUGGUGUAACACUCAACAGUAUAAUAAUCCAGGGCAGGAACAACACUCUCAAGUGAUGCAGGAUCCAGAGAUCAAAAUGAAAACGUCCCUCCUGGAGGGGCAGCCGAGCUUGUUCUGCUGCCAGCCCCAAGUGCCCCAGAUGUAUUGUCCCUCCCACUCUUUCCCCCAGUAUUCCCCUGGAGGCAGCUAUCCUGUGACCUACAUCUCUGCAUCUCACUACCCAUACCAAAGAAUAGCCCCUCAAAACAACCAGGAACAGCAACAGCCACUGUUUCCAAAGCCCAUCUACUCAUACAGCAUUCUCAUCUUCAUGGCUCUCAAAAACAGCAAGACCGGAAGCCUCCCUGUCAGCGAGAUCUACAAUUUCAUGACCGAGCACUUCCCUUACUUUAAGACUGCUCCAGAUGGCUGGAAGAACUCCGUCCGCCACAACUUAUCCCUGAACAAGUGCUUUGAAAAAGUCGAAAAUAAGUCCGGCAGCUCCUCUCGGAAAGGCUGCCUGUGGGCCCUGAAUCCUGCCAAGAUUGACAAGAUGCAGGAGGAGCUGCAGAAAUGGAAGCGGAAGGACCCGAUGGCCGUGAGGAAAAGCAUGGCCAAUCCAGAAGAACUGGACACCCUGAUCAGAGGCAAGAACGAAAAGUUGAGACCUCCCCUGGCGGGUUGCAGCCCACCGGUCCCCGGGCACAUGCCGCUCCAGCAUCCCUCUCUGUGUGAGCUGCCCAUCUCUGCAGCACAGCCCAUCCAUUCUCUUCCCAGGCAAAGGCCAGCACCGGUCAAAAGCCCUGUGCCAAACAUUCUCCGGGGUCAACAGACUUCCUGCUACCAGGCGGCACCGGGCUUCGGCCCACUGUCUCCCUCCUUCGUCCAGCAGUUACCUGACAGCCCUCAAGCGCUUCUCCCGCGUGCAGAUGCCCAAGGUGAGCACAGGGGGCUGUCCAGCACUGCCCACGAGCCCCCUUUGCCUGCUCAACCCCCGCCGGGACGUGCCAUGAAAGAGCCGGUAGCCGCCCGGACUGCGCAUGACUUCUUCAUGCCCGAAGAUCUCAGCAACGACGAGAUGCCCCUCAACCCUUCACUGAUUUUGAACCUCCAAGGAAACCUUUGGGAGGAGCUGAAAGAUGACAGCUUGGCGGUUGACCCCCUCAUUCUAGUUUCAUCGCCCCCCACGUCAACCUCGUGCUUCGCUUCUCAGGGCCUGAUGGACAGCAGCAGCAGCAGCUUCGACAGCCACGGCGGGGCUUCACACAACAAUGUGCAGCUUACCACCCUUUACUCUGCUUUCAUGGAACUGGACACAGGAUCACCUUCUUCCUACCUGAAUAACCCUGGAUCCAAAGCUGUCGCUCUGGUCUGAGACGCAAGAUCGUUUCAGCUGGGCCAAGCGGGAUUCAAUUCCGCCACCUUCAACAACCACCCCUGGAAUCCACGAAGAACCAUCAGAACAAAGUGAAUGUCUUCAAGAGUCAAACGCAGAGGCGUAGCAAGGGGGGAAAGCGCUCGGUGCACUGGUGUGUCUUCCGUCCCCGUCCUGCCCCGGAACACUCCUGUCCCGCCCCCAUAGGGGUGCACACUCGGUGCGUUGUGCACACCCUGUCCCCUUGGAGCUACGCCUCUGCUCAAACACCACUAAAAGCAUUUGUAAAACACACACACGGACAGAGACCAAGGUUGGUCACAAGUUGAUGUUCGCCACACAUUCGACCAUACAGUCCCACUGGUCUUCAACAGAGACACUGCAGAAAGUGGAUGCAAAGGAACACGAGCUGACCCCUCAAAUCACUCUCAGACCCCUUCCGCGCAUGCAGAACAAUGCACUUUCAAUCCACUCUCACAAUUGUUUGAAAGUGGAUUUGGCUCUUCCACACAGUAAAAUCCAGCUUCAAAGUGCAUUGAAAGUGGAUUGAAAGUGCAUUAUUCUGCAUGUCUUUUGUCAGAUAUCCCCAAAAUCGUUUUGGUCUCUAAGGAGCUGCCAGAGAUGACUCUGGCUGAAAGAUUAGUAGCGUGAUUCCCAGUUGUUUCCACAUUUUCCCAUGUGAUUCACAUAUUUUAAGAAACAUGGUUGUUCAAUUUUGGAACACAGCCCACCAAUAAAAUCACGUUCUGCAGGA